CGCAGCAUGCAGUGAACGCGACAAACGUGGCGUCUUUAACAUAACUUUGUCAAUAACAAACACAAAUUGUGGAAUCAACGACAAUAGGAAACCAUAAAGCAAGAUAACAAGCAUAAAAGAGGUACAAUUUGUGUGUACAGCUCAUCUGCAGUGACCUGGCUUCAGCUAAAAAUUUCGGCCAAACUUAUUUUUGUGUUCCGAAUCCAUCUUGAAUGAGUGAAAAAAAAAAACGCGAUUCAACGUAAACUUAUACGGAGUAUAGUCACCCAGGCCAACCGCGUUGACAAACUACGUAGUUAGCGACACAGCACCAGACUACUACAUGCUCUGUGCCAAGGAACAAAAUGCCAGUGAUACAAAAUGUUGAGAAAUUAAAGGCAUGGUUAAAGAGAAAACUUGAACCUAUAUGUGAAGCUGAUCCGGUCCCCUUGUCCAAGUAUGUCGUUGCCCUCGUCAAAAAGGAUAAGAGUGAGCAAGAGCUUAAAGAAAUCUGCACUGCUCAGCUUGAAGUUUUCCUGGUCGAUGAAACGACAGGUUUCAUCAAUGAGCUUUUUGUAGCUAUUGCUACAAAGUCCUACAUGAAUGAAGAUGGCGACAAUACCGCUACAGAUUCUCCCACAGCGGACUUGGCCGUAGACAGCAUGGGAGAGGUUCUACCUCCACCGUUGCCACAGCCCCAGGUGGCCGCUGACACAUCAGCCUUGCGGGAGGAGAUCGUAUCAUCAUCGAAAGUUGGCGAAACGGGAAAGCGUGCAUUGGAGACGGCAGAGGAAGGAGACCGAGAGCAUCGCAGGACGCGUCGUAGUCGCAGCAGAUCACGGAGUCACAGUCCUGGAAGACGGAGACGAACUCGUGAGGACGACAGGCCCCGUCGACGAGAUGACCGCUAUGAUCGCCACAGUUCCCGCUACCAUGGUGACAGAGACAGAGGCAGGGAUAGAUACGGCGGUUAUAGGGGUGGGAGAGGGGGCUACAGAGGUGCUCGAAGCAAUAGAGAAAGGUCGUACAAUGACCGUCGUGAUGACCGCCGGGACGAUCGGCGUGAUAGUGAACGGCACCGUUCCCACUCCAGAAGCCGGUCCAGAUCGCGGUCACGUUCCCGGUCUCGCAGUGGCUCCCCGGCACCGCCGAGUGGGUCAGUGUUAAACAGCGUCAUCACAGUUGUAGGAGGAAGUCAGGGGGACCAGCCCGGCAUGAAACCAAUGGUUAGGGAUAGAUGCAGGGACUAUGAUGAGAAAGGUUUCUGCAUGAGAGGAGAGCUGUGUCCAUUCGACCACGGGAACGAUCCAGUAAUAGUUGACGACGUCAACCUACCCAAGAUGCUGAACCCAACCCCACCCCUACCAGCCCAGCCUCCACCCUCCCAACCUCCGCCCCCUCACAUCAACCCCGGCAUGCAGCCACCAGGCAUGCCCCCAGGCAUGCCCAUGCCGCCGAGGUUACCACCCCCUCCUCCUGGAGCGCCGUUCCGCCCUCCAUUCAUGCCCCCUGGGCCACCGCCACCGGGGCAGCAACAGCAUGGACCACCGAGGAUGAUGGGCCCCAUGAUGCCACCCAACUCCCAUGGGGAACCUUUCCUCAACAUGCCCCCCAUGGGUCCCCCACCCCACAUGCUGAGAGGCCUACCACCCAUGUCCAGGGCUGAUGGGAUGCCACCAAUGCAGCGUGGACCUCCUCCCCCAAUGCCAAGAGGUCCACCGCCACAAAAUAUGAGAGGUCCUAUGCCCCCACGAGGCCCGCCAGGUCAAGACAGAAACAAUCUGAGGAUGGAGCGACCCCCCGGGCCUCCGCCUCUCCGUUUUCCACCCCCUAAUCAAGAAGGACCACCAAGGCACCUACAACCGCGGCCAAACAGGCCCCCCAUGCCAUUUCAGCACCCACCCAGGAUGAACAUGCCAAGGGGCCCCCCUCCUGGACAACCGAGGGGCCCCCCUCCUGGACAGCGGCAACGGUUCUCUCCACCCCGGGGGGAGUUACAGCAGCCCCCACCUGAUGGCUACAAUCCAGAGAAUCCUGCCCUUGAUGCGUCACCAUUUUACGUUCCCCGAGCCAACCUGCGGACCUUAGUAGGGGUGCAAACUGUACCUCUUGCUGACAAAAAGGAUAUUGAAGAGCUUGAGGCAGAAACUAAAAAACUAGAGAUGGUGAACACUCGUACUGUACUCGUCGACUCUCCACAAUCAACGAAAGAUCCUUCUGCCGGAGACUCAAGGAAUGUUGUUGCUUCUGCGACCUCUUAUCCCGGAAGCCGAAAGAGGCCAUACGAGCCUGACACGUCUGCCCAGGGUCAAGACAGCGGGGCGUCACCGAGUAAAAUGAUGCCAGACUCCACGAGGAAGGUGAUCAGCAGCGGAGAGUGGCGGCCAAAGAAGACAAAGAUCACCCCAAACAGUAGGACCUUGGAGAUCAAGAAAAUACCAAGGGAGUUGAAUAGCAUCGCCAAACUGAACGAACAUUUCCAGAAGUUUGGCGUUAUUAAGAACCUACAGGUUGCGUUUGGUGGACAGCCUGACGCUGCACUGGUUACUUACAACACGCAUCUUCAAGCGAGGGCAGCACACAACUCGAUUGAGGCUGUUCUGAACAAUCGAUUCAUCAAAGUGUUCUGGCACAAUGAAAACCAGGAUGGUGGUGAAUCAGCCCCUAGUGGAUCAAAGAAACCAUCCAUCAAAGACCGAUUGGGAAUCCCAACCAAAGAUCAGCUGACAUUCAUCAAGAACAAACCUGAAGCCAGUGCAGAGAGGGUUGUCGUCACCAAAGGCUCAGGAACUAGCAUGUCCAAAACUGUGUACAACCCAGCGGCGCUGAAGUUAACAUCCAGCACCCCAUCAGCCCAGGCUGCUUUCCUGGCAGCCAGUAAGGUGUCGGCAGCCAAGGAGGCUGUACGUAAGAAGCAUGACGACCAGCGUAAACAGAUGCAGAAGAAGCAGAUAGAGAUCCGCAAACAGAAGCAGACGCUUCUCGUCAAGCUUAUCCAACAACAGAAGUCGUUUCUUGAAAAACUUGAGAAUAAGAGCCUCCCUGCAGAGAGUCGUGCCGAAAUCAUGGGCUUUAUCAAGAAGCUGUCGGAGCAAGUGGACAAGACGAAGAAAGAGUUGGAAGUCAGGCCACGCCGCAAAUCACAAACUGAGUGCCAGAAGGAGUUACUAGACACGGAGCUAGAGUUGUACAACCAGCAGUGUGAUGGUGGGGAUGCUACUGAACUCUACAAGAGGGUCGCUCAACUACGUAAAGAAAUCAAGACCCGCAAUGCAUCACUUAGCUACAUGAACGCACAACAAGCAGCAAGGGGGGCCUCGGCUAGAGGGCGUGGGCGUGGUCGGGGGCACAGCCGCCCACGGCGAAUGAGUCACUCUACCACAACGAUUGACAAACGCCCCAGGGAGCUGACCAUCAGUGGGUUUGAAUCGGACGACAAAGACGAAGUCUUGACAUAUUUCAGUGAUCUAGGUGAGAUAGAGAAUGUGGAUUAUAACGAGGCCUUAAACACAUACACCAUUGGGUUCAAGACUCGACAGGAAGCAGAGUUUGCAGCGAAAAAGGGAAGCACCUUUAAAGGGAAACCUCUCCUUAUGGUGUGGCACAUUCCGAAGAAGGUCGUGUUAACCACCGAAGAGGCGGAGCCCGAUCCAGCCAUUGAUAUCAUCGAAGUGGGCGGCGACCUGGACGAAGAUGAGGAUGCAGUAGACAUCAACGAUGACGAUCUUCUCCUUGAUGAUGAUGAAGAGGAUGAUGAGGACGCUGAGAGCAGAGGAUGGCGAAGAUGAUCAGAGAAGAUUCCACACUCGGAGAAGUGAAUGUCCUCCUGCUUCCUUUUGAUAUGAAUUUAUAAAAAAAAAUAACCCCGUAUAUAAGACUCUUUUUUCUGAAUCCGUCAAAACCAAACAGCCCAUUUGAUUUACCAAACUGGUACAAUGUACAUUAUGAAGCAGUUGAUAUGGCAUUAGAUAAUUUGAUGCAUAGCUAAAACACCGACUUGGUGGAGAACGUAGGGUUUCCAAACCUGAAGUUGGAGUUUGAUGGAUUCAGGGAUAGAGCUCUUGCAUAUGACAUUAUUCAAGUAGGGCGCCCUCAACUAGAGGUCAAAUGAAGGUUGCUCAUUGUCGUGCACACACAGCUGUAUGCAUUCCAAUGCUUGAUCAUUGAUUUACCAAGAUGGCGUCUUGAUGGCGUCAAUGCACAAGGUCCAUUGUAGAUGUAUAUACUGAGGUCCUACCAGUUGGUAUCGUAGGGGAAUGCAAGAUCGAAACACACUGACUGUGAGUCAGCAAUGAAAGUGUGUUCUCUGUCAUCACAAAGUAUAUCGUAAAUGUGGGUUUUCUUUUGGUAUUUUUUCACUUAAAACUCAUAUUAACAUGGAAGGUAAUUUUACUCUGUUGAUUUCCGGAAAAACUCACAAAUUUAUUUGUGCUUAGCACAAGGACAUUUGCUUAAAUCUAAAGUGGGUAAGUUACCGGCCCCAGUGUCAAUGGAUAACAAUAUUUUGGUAGGGAUGGUGUCGCACUUUGCAGCUUUUUGACACUUUUGUUGUUCUUUUCGCUAGUUCAGCAAAACCUGACUGAAUAAAAUGAAUCCAACAACAUUACCACCCUUUUCAAACUGUGCCCAGUGACCAGUAAAUAUUAAACUGAUUCACCUAUGAUUUUGUUCUAAAUAUUAGCACUACCUUGCAUCAGUUUUAUCUUAAAAUCUUUAGUAUUUUUUCAUUAUGUUGUCUUAAAGUGCUUGUUAAGAGCAAUAUAAAAAGUUAUUAAACUAUAUAAUUGUUGAAAACAAUUUAUCUUUUUCUUAAAAUGGAUAAAGAAUGAAGAUGUAUGCAAAUGUGUACAUUGCAGACAUAGUGCUCAACGUACAUUAUGAUUGAUGUGGAAACAUGAAUACACAUUGACACAACUUUCUUGCACAUCAAGUAAACUACCGUGUCCCAUCAAGGCAAUAAUGAAACACUUGUACUAUAGCACAUAAAAGUGGUGUCAACCUUAUUUCUGCUCUCCUCCCAAUGAACUCAACUGUCAAAUAUAAGUCAAGUUUGUAACCAAAACCAGUAAACCACUAGUUGAUAAUGUGUUUUACGAAUAAAUGCACAUUAACAUGUUUCAGUAUAUUUACGUUAACGCACAGUUCAAUUUUGAAAUGCAUGCAGACUAUGGUAAUUUGACUCCUGGUGUGUAGGGGUACCUACUUCAGAAAGUUGACCAAUCGCAGCUAACAGGUGAUGCUGUUCUAACCUGGUUGGUCAAAAGUUGUCCAUUGUGUGUUUCUGGUUUUCAUUGCCUAUGUUAAGCCGGGUUCAUACUUCCUGCAAAUGCGAAUGCGAUGCGAAUGUUGACGUCACAUUUUAUUCGCAACAAAUAGUUUGCAGCAGUUGGGCGGUGCGAAAACAGGGCUAUACGUCAAAUUCUCUUCGCAUUCCCAGGAAAUGUGAACUGGGCUUAAGGCCGUGUCCAAAUUGGUGGCUUUGGCUAUAGCUGGGUUGUUAAAGGCCAAGGACACUAUUGGUAAUUGUUCAUACUAAUUAUCAUCAUAAAACCUUUCUUGAUUACAGUAGUGG